AUGAUUACAAAUAAGAAGAAAGAAGGUUAAAACACUGGUUUAAGUAAGUUUUCUGAUUGUUCUAUGCAAGAAAGCUAAUCAAAAUAAAAGCAUUUACCUAUUUCUAUUCCAUCUUUAAACAAAAGAGUAGUACAAAACUUGAAAGAAAUUAAUUAAAAUAAUUGCACUUUAGAUUAAUAGAAGAAAGAAUAAUUUACUGAUUUAAAAGAUAGACAAAAAAACUAGCAGUAAUUAGAAGAUUAGUAUAAUAUUUCUAUCGCAAAACAACAUACUUUCAACGAAAGGAAGCGUGCAUUUUCUUCUCCUCAGCCAUUCUAUUACAUAAUGAGAGAUUCUCUUCACAUCAAUAAUUAGCUAAUAGCAACACCAACAUUUGGCGAUGAUGACUGGAAAAGUAAAUAACUUUAAUAUACAAAGGAUAAAAAAGAUAGCAUCAAUGGGUGCUAAUCUUCACCAAAAAAUUAAGGGGAGAUGUAAGGAUAUGAUGUACUUCUUGGUAGUUCUGCUUUGAAUAAUAAUAGCAUUAUACAUGCAUCUAAGGAAAGUGAUAUAAAUUUAUAAGUGAUCAAUAAUGAUAGCAUUGGGUUGUAAUUAAAAUUAGCAAACCACUAAAUUACUUCUUAAAAUGGGGAAAAUAAUAAAAAGCGAAAGAAAGAAACUGAAUUAGAUUAGCAAUUUGUUGAUGUCAAUCAAAGCAUGUUUUAUUAAACUCCUCAUCUUUUUCCAUAAUAAAGCAAUCCUAAUGAUAUCUCUUGUCAAAGCGCAGGUGCGUUAGAGUCAUUUGAGAGUGGAAUAAAUUCUUCUUCUGCGUUAAAACAUCCAAAAAUUAGCAAAAAAUCACCUCUGUUUGAGAAAUUCGGUUAAUAGUAACAGGGUAGACAAAGGUCUCCUGAUUCCCAUUUUAAUUAAAAUAAUGUUAACCUAUCGGCAUAUAACUAUCCAAGUAUGAGUAAGUAAUCCUCAAAAUACUCAAAUAUAUAUCUAGGGACAAAUAAUAGUUCAAGUAGUCUAUAAAAUUCUCAAUGCUAAUUUUAAUUAGGUGUUAACACUGAAACUGAUAUUCCUAAUGAUCAUACUCCUUUAAAGAGAAAUCCUCUUAGCAGUCUUUAUACACAUUAAAUUAAUACAGGAAGAUCUACUUCUGAUAAGAAAUAAAUUUAUAGUAGAGUUACAUAACCAAAUGCAUAAAUUACUUCUUUUAACUUGCGUAUGAACUCAGAAGCAAGUAUUUUAGCUAUCCAAUAAAAUACCAAUAAUGAAUAAGACAAAAAUAUAAAAUUAAAUUUCAAUAAUACUUCUUCAUUUCUUCCUUAAAUAGAAUAGCCAUAAUAGGCUAGUCUUUUAAGUUAACAUGUAUAGUCUGCAAAGCAUUCAAAUGAAAUAAGAAUGAUAGAGAGAGGAUUUUCAGAAGAGGGUAGCUCCAUAUUGAAUAGCAUCUAGAGAAGUAAUAAUUUUAAUCAUGUUGCUAAAUAUCCUUUAAAAAGAAUCAGCUCUGUUGAUGAAUAGACUAUUUCAACUUGCUUUACUUCCAUAAAAGCUAGUUCUCCAAUAAAAAAAAAUAGAAACGACAUAUUCAAUGACUUUACAGCUUAAACACAAAAAACAUAAGAUUCAGAAAUAUAAUAAACUACUUAAUAACACAAUAAUUAGUCAUAAGAAGAUUAGCUUAACUUACUCUAAGGUGAAAAGCUUAAUUUUAAUCACAUUCAGGCAUAAUCAAAAUAAAAUAGCUAACCCUUAAACAUCCAAGAUAGAUAAGAAGAUAACUUGAAUUAAAAGAUGAAGGAAUCAAUUAGGAAAAAAGGAAGAGAAUAGAGCCUCAAGCUAGCAAAUCCCUAAAACACUUUGGAAUUAAUAAAAAACAAAAACCCAUCUUAAACCCCAUAGACUGUAAGUAACACUCUAGGAAGUUUAGUUCAAUUUACAGCUAGAGAUGAAGCUAUUGAUGAUUUGUUAAACCUUAAACUUGAAAAAAUAGAAAUUAAAAAGCAAAACUCUUAAAAGAGAUCAAGUCCAUCUCUUGAUCCUUAAAGAAAUUAAAAUUCAAAUCCUCCUUCUACUGAUAUUCCAGAUGAUGAAAAUUUAAAAUUUAUUAACUAACCUCCAUAAAUAAAUUCUUAUAGGCACAGAAAGCCUAAUAGUAUAUAUAUUUCUUCAUUAGAUAAGUAAAAAAGGGCAGAGAGUGCUAAAAAUAAAUCAAAAUUAAAUUUCUUUUAAAACGGCUUGAUCAAAAAAGAAUAGUUAUAAGGUAAAAAAGUAGAGCCUGAAUCUGCCAAAUUUUCUCAUCCUGGUAGAAAACUUUCAAUCAAAUAAAAUGAUGUUCUUAAUUAAUCAGACUCACAUAGAGCAAGAUUAAUAAUUCCAAAACCAAUUUAAUAAGAAGAUCGUACAGAUUUAAAAUUGUAAAUCAACAAUUCCCAAAACGACAUCGAAAAUCUAUACAAUCCUUAGCAUGAAAACAUUUAAAAACACACAGAAAAAAUUUGUAAUAGGAUUCAAGGUAUGUUCCAAAAAUAAAAAGAGAUUUAUGAGUAAAAAUAUAAAAGAAAGAUGACUGCAAAUAAAGAAGAAAUAGAUUUACUAAAAUAGCUAAAUUCCGCUUUAGAUGAAUUGAAAAACGUUCACACAUAUUCAUCAUAAACUUCAUCUAACAAAAAUAAUAAUUGCAAUAAUAAUAUUAAUAACAACAUUAAUAAUAAUUAGUAAAAAUAGAUUCAAUGA